AAUAUGUAUGCGGCCGGAAUACAGAAUGCAUCGACUAUGUUCAACUUAAGGGAUACAGAUGCCAUUGCAUCAAAGGCUACCGAGGUAACCCUUAUGAUCCCCAAGGAUGCCAAGAUAUCAAUGAGUGUGCCAACGCCAAAGAUAACAAUUGCCCGGAGAAAGCCCAUUGCGUUAACACAGAAGGAAGUUACUUCUGUUUGCCUAAUCGUAGACGUAUAUUUGCACUGCUAAUUCCAUUAGGUACUGGCUUUGCUGUCUGUCUUCUAAUUUUAGUUGCAAUUGGCAUCUGGACUUGGCGAAAGCUUCAAAAAAUUAAAGAGAAGAAAACUAAGGAGAAAUAUUUCAAGAGAAACGGGGGUCUACUACUACAACAGCAGAUAUCCUCAACUAGGGGAAGUGUAUUACUUGAGUUGACACUUUUCAAGAUUGAGGAGUUGGAGAAGGCCACAGACAAAUUCAGCGAAAGUCGUAUACUUGGCAAAGGAGGGCAUGGCACUGUGUACAAGGGAAUGUUAUCUGAUGGAAGAAUAGUCGCUGUAAAGAAGGCAAACAUAAUUGAUAAUGGUGCUCAAGUUGGGCAAUUCAUAAAUGAGGUUUGUAUCCUGUCCCAGAUAAAUCACAGGCACAUAGUCAAAUUGUUUGGUUGUUGUUUAGAGUCUGAAGCGCCAUUGCUGGUAUAUGAAUAUAUAUCCAACGGCACCCUCUCGCAACAUCUUCAUGAUAAGCGUAGUAACUCUACAUUUUCUUGGGAGAAUCGGCUACGUAUUGCUGCUGAAGUUGCAGGGGCGCUGGCUUACAUGCACUCAUACGCUUCAACAGCCAUAUUUCACAGAGAUAUAAAGUCGAGCAACAUAUUGUUAGAUGAGAAGUAUAAGGCUGUAAUAUCAGACUUUGGAAUCUCGAGAUCAGUAUCCAUUGAUAAAACUCACUUAACAACAUUGGUUGGAGGCACAUUUGGGUAUCUGGAUCCUGGGUACUUCAGGUCGGGAAAACUUAACGACAAGAGCGAUGUUUAUGCAUUUGGGGUUGUUCUUGCAGAAAUCCUCACAGGUCAAAGGGCUGUGUCUUCUGAAGAUGAUCAAGGGCUGGCACUUCGCUUUCGGUCAGCAGUUAAGGACGAUUGUUGGUUUGAGAUAUUGGAUGAAGUAGUGGUAUAUGAAGGUGGGAAGGAGGAAAUUCAUGCAAUUGCCAAGCUCGCCAAGAGGUGUCUGAAAAUAAACGCCCAGAAAAGACCAGGUAUGAAAGAAGUGGCGGCAGAACUGGACCAAGUGAGAAAGACAAAAAAGGCACCAGGACAUGAAGAGACAAAAGAGGGUUCAGGACAUGAAGAGAAUUUAUGGGAUAAGUACGGCUCCACGAGUCAGGAUUGCUACAACAGUUCUGGCAUUGCUUCCGAAGCAGAUAGUGAUCAACUUCUUUCCGUUUCCAUGUAGCUAAGGGGCCUAAAGCCAUCCCAUCAGAGAGUGGUCAACUGUAGCGCCAUCCGUUCUUGGGAGUUAUUUUAGGUGAGUGCAAAAGGAGGAAUAGUGGCUUGUGGACUCAACUUUGUAAAUGGAAUGGGCCCAUAAAGCAAUAUAUAAUAAUAUAAUUGAUUUUUGUGUAUAAUUAAUGAGUCAGUUCUGUGGUUACACCGUAGAAAUAAAUAGUUCAUUAUAUUAUU